AGGCGGCAGGCCGGCUCAGAGAUCAGUUUGAGCUCGUUGGCGGGUGUGCAUGACUCGCUUCGCGAUGGCGCUUGGAGCACUGGCCUUCCUUUGGACCAUUCCAGCCGCCGCCACGGGCACCGGCUACCAGAAAUACAUCUCUCAAUAUGCUGGCGAUUACUUGCACCAGUUUGGCCAAGGCUCCGGAUACCAAGACUACAUCCAGACAUACACUGGAAUGAAGUCUGGUGCCCAGACUGAGGAGGACACCCAACCUAUAAGUCUCAUGGCUGACAUGAGCGAGGGCCACACAGACAAACAGGAAUCUCCAAGUGGUGCUGGCUACCAGAAGUACAUGGCCCAGUAUGCCAACGACUUCCAGAAGUACAUGCAGGGUCAGGGCAAGGGUGGUGCACAGGGUGGCGACUACCAGAAGUACAUGGCCCAGUUUGCGAAUGACUUUGAGAAGUACCUGCAAGGCCAGGGCAAAGGCGGUGACUACCAGAAGUACAUGUCGCAGCACAUGGAUGACUUUCAGAAGUACAUGCAGGGUCAGGGCAAGAGCACCCAGAGUGGGGAGGACAAGAUUGGUCAUGUUGUAGAGCAGAAGUUGAAGAAGGAUGAGGGCAAAGAUGCUGGCUCUUCUGAAGCUCAUCACGGCGCGUGUUUUUCAACACGCUUUGUAUAUAAUGUUUCCAUCGGUUUACUACAUUUUGGCCACACAUAUUUCCCUCCCCAGAGCCAUCACUUCAACAUUCUGCCAAGCGGACCAUGCCAUGCUUUUCGGGAGCUCACCCUGACCAGGCAAGAAGACUGCAAGCGUGAUCUUGGCGGAAGAGGCUUCGAGCCCUCCGGCGGCGCUCCUUGGUGCUCCCCUACUCCUGUUGGUGCUGGGAGGCAUGGCUGCGAUCUACAUCGAACGCCAGCGCGGACUGCUGCGCCACACUGAGCCCCAGCAGCCAGAGGGCUACCUGCAGCUAGAGUCCGUGAGCGAAAGCGCCUGAGAAAAGACGUGCUUUCUCCUCCUCUCCCUGGUGACAAGGGGAUGCCGCGAGGUUCCAGACAAAUAGAAUAAACGCCACCUCACCGGGGUGCGCCCGGUGGGUUGUGGUAGUUGCAAUGGACUUUUCAAGAUGUUUUUUUGGUUUUGGUCUGCCCGUUCGCUUGGCCACACGCCGCCUGGGCCGGCUUGCUUUCUUGACCCAUGGGAGCCUUUUGAAUCGACGGCUUGGGAUGGAAGUCGGGAGACCUGGCACAUGUGGGCACCAGAGAUGUCCAAAGAAGAAGUUCUGUUGGCUGACGCCGUACGCCAAGAAAUUGUUGUGAUCUUUCAUCGUUGUGGGCCCCAGGUUUCCGAGUGGCCGUUCAUGCUGCAGUGGCAGGAUUGCCCGCAGCAUGAGCCUGGAGUUUUGACGGGGGUUGGGUGAUGGCCGAACAACAAUCAGC